AUGGCUUCAAACCCAACCAAUGAGGCGUGCGCUGCGCUAAUAGCUGACACCCAGCAACAAUCCGGCGUCGUGGUGACCGAUUUGGGCAACAUUGAGGAGGGUGGAGAUGCAUACCAAUCAGGGGGAUUCCAUCCAGUCUACAUUGGCGAUGUGUAUGCAAGCAAGUAUGAAGUCAUGAGCAAGAUUGGCUACGGACGCUACUCGACAGUUUGGCUUGUCAAGGACCUCUCGAAACCGCUGGAAGAUGAGCACCGAUUCAAGGCUCUCAAAGUUCUGAGUGCGGAGUGUUACGGCCAGGAUAGUCCCAUCUUCGAGAGAGAGAUUCUCACCCACCUUCGCGCCGGUGACCGUAAACUGCUGGGCUAA